CUUCGCACCAACUACAUGUACGUGAAGCUGAAGCAGACGCUGCAUCACGAGAUCUUCGCUUUCACUGUCUGCCUCUGGGUCAAGUCCAGCUCCGCGCCUGGUGUGGGCACCCCCUUCUCCUACUCCGCGCCGGGCCAGGCCAACGAGCUGGUGCUCAUCGAGUGGGGCAACAACCCCAUGGAGCUGCUCAUCAACGACAAGGCUGCCACCUUGCCCCUGGCCAUCCACGACGCCAAGUGGCAUCACAUCUGCGUGACCUGGUCGACGCGGGACGGCGUCUGGGAGAGCUACCAGGACGGGGUGCGGCGGGGCAGCGGGGAGAACCUGGCCCCCUGGCACCCCAUCAAGCCAGGGGGCGUCUUCAUCCUGGGGCAGGAGCAGGACACGCUGGGCGGCCGCUUCGACGCCACGCAGGCCUUCAUCGGGGAGCUGGCCGACUUCAACGUGUGGAGCCACGUCCUGGCGCCGGGCGAGGUCUACAGCCUGGCCACCUGCGCCGGCCGCGCCCGCGGGGACCUCGUGGCCUGGGCCGAGGGCGCCGUGGAGCUGCACGGGGGCGUGCCCAAGCUGCCCUUCAACGCCUGCCACUGA